GACAUUAGUGAGCGCUAUUAUACAUGCGCAUCAGAUCAUCACCUGCCAUCAGGUAUGCGCCCACGAAUGCAUGUGUUUGUUUGGUGCGCUAUUAAUUUGGUUCACCGCAGCGAGAUUCGAAUGUUUAAUGGUUGAGCUGCAGAACACCGCGGAUAUUCGUAUGCUGGCCCCAUAUAUUGAGAAACACUUGCGUUUAAAAAGAUACGCGGAAGAAGUGGCUGAUUGUUUCCGUUUCAUGGUUCUGUUUGUCAUAGCUGCGUGUAUGUUUGUCAUAACUAUAUGUGCCUUAGCAAUAGUCAUUAAUACACCACUGAUAGCGAAAAUGCUGUUCGCAGGAAUUACUGCGUCCCUGCUCAUGUAUAUUUACAUGUACGCGUGGCCGGCUGAUCACAUGAAAGAAAUGAGUUUGAAAUUUUCACAAAGUGUAUAUGAUUUACCGUGGUACGAACAUACAGCGACGAUGCAAAAGAAUCUGCUGAAUAUCUUGAUAUAUCAAAAGCCAGUUAUUCUUUCCAUCAGUUGUCUACUGCCAGAGCUUUCUUUGCGUUACUAUUGCUCGGUAAGCUGUAUUAUCGUUCGGGCGUUUAUUAAGAGACUUGCACUAAGGCUCAUUCUCCAAUUAUUUGAGUUAUCCAAUUUUAAGAACAAUUCUGUAAAUCUUAUAUAAAUAGAUAUUAAUUCAAUUCACAUUAGUAGUGACGAACUUUUUGUUCACCUUGAACGUGUGAGACUUGUA